AUGACUUCAAAUGUUUUAUGUAUAAGUAAGUUUAGGAUGAGAGGAUGCCGAGCCUGAGCCCAGCCUAAGUCGACCUGGACCUAUGCAGAUCCUAAGCCAAUCCUGAGCAAGACCUCGAACCAUUCAUAACCUAAGCGGUCUGAACCAACGUAGUUAAAGAAAAUCCCAAGUUAAGCCAUUUGUAAAUUCCAGCCAGCCUAAUACUAGUUUAGGCCAAGCCUAAACCCGAGUGAGAUCAACUAUUUGAGUCGAUUCUGAACUAACAAACCAACCUAAAACACUGAAAUUUUCAGCUAAUUACGAAAAGGAAAUAUCAACAAUAGCUUCAAUUCUGAAACAAGUCGAGAAAAAUGCGAAAGAGGAUAAAAUAGAUGGUUAUUAUCAAUUGAAUUCAUCAUUCAUAUUUCGAAUCAUUUUCACAAUUCUAUUAAUCGAAACUAUUGUUAUGACUGUUUUUUAUUGUGUUCAAUAUUUUUAUAUGGAAAAUCGAAGUAAAGCAGAAGAAAGUGAAUCAUUCGAACAUUUUGAAGCUGAAAUUGAAUUCGUUGAUGGAUGA